CAGGGCUCUAUCCACUGCACCACCUGGGGAACCACCAAAUUUGGACCGUAAAAAUCACAGUCCCCAGGGAGUAAAACAUGGCAUUAGGGAGGAUAAAGACAGGAAAAGUAAUUAGACUGUUUAAAAUACAGGCAGAGGAGUUACGGACCAGAGGCCAUAGGAUUGUGGGACCAUGGAGAAACUAAUAUUUACCUGAAGGAUGGCAAGAUGCCAAUGGUGUGAUAAGUGUCUUGAACUUUAACACAAAUGAAGAAGGACAAAGAUAACUAACCUUUGGCCGUGUGCCUAAUCUGUCACUGUGAGAGUCAUCCAUACAUGAAUGGAGGGCAGCCUCCAUCAGGGCCUUAAAAGGGGACAAGCUGGCUUUCACAACUGAUAUUCAACAAUAGACUUCACCCCCUGAUUAGGGAAAUUGUGUUAAUUUGCUUACUUGGGCUCAAGGGUGGCUUCAUGAGUCCCCUUAGCUGAGCAGGAAUCGGGAUUGAGAAGCAGAACCUCAGAGCUGGAGGGGACCUUGCAGACCAUGGGGUCCAGCGUCCUCCUUUUGUAGGGGAGGAAACUGGCUCCCGGGAGCUCGUCAAUACAGGUUGGGCAGUGCCUUUGACUCCAAAUGCAGGCGGGAAGUCCAAUGUGUCUGCAGCCCAGGGCCCAGGAAGGGCACUAUUGCAAGGCACGGCUAGAAAAGAAGGCUGGAGCCAGACUCUGGAAGGCAUCGAGUGCCAGGCUGCAGAGAUUGGGCCCUAUUCAGAAAGGCUCCGUGCCAGCGUCCCCAAUACAUGGCUCAUUCCCACAGAAUCCUAGAAGCCGAAUCCCCUGCCUUUCUCCCUAGGACGUUAGGGGGUUAGAAGGAGAUCAAUUCUUUAAAAAGCUUUUAGAAGACGACUCUUCGAUUCUGCCAGCUGCUAGAGUUUAGCCAGAGGGCAUGUCCACAACUAGCUGUUUGUACCUCCUCCCUCGCGUUAGACUGAGCGUUUGUACGUUCGUUCAUUCACUCGUGCGUUCACUCGCUCACUCACGGUAUCCCGGCCCGUACCCAGGUGCACGUUGGACACAUGCCUGUUGCCUGCCUCACUGGUCUGGCCCAGCUCCGUGGUUGGCUGGGGGACGAGGCGCCUCGGGAGCGGCCGCUGGGCUGCGUGCAGUGGACAGGGCUCCUCGGCCCCUGGGCUGCUGGCCCCUCCUCCUUCUCUCUCCUCCCUCUCCCCCCUCCUCUCCCCGGACGAGCUGAGUCACGCCGGGCCCAGAGUACUAACGGGACCCGGGGAUCCGGGAGCUGUGGCUGCUGCGGGAGCGCGAGCCCGGGAGCUCCAGAUGAGGAAACCGAGGCCUCUAUAACGGACUCACUUGAAUGUGUUCUGUGGACCUUGUUUUGGAUGCUACCCGUCGUCGCUGGUUUCCAGAUUGGUGGAAGGAGAGGCCUUUUCUCAGGCCGGGAUGGGAUCCCAGAUCUCCGUGGAUGCGUCUGUGCACGUGGUCAUUGUCGGAGGCGGCUUCGGUGGGAUCGCGGCUGCCAGCCAGCUCCAGUCCUGGGGUGUCCCCUUCACGCUGGUGGACAUGAGAGACUCUUUCCAUCACAACGUGGCAGCCCUCCGGGCCUCUGUCGAGAGUGGAUUUGCCAAGAAGACGUUCAUUUCAUUUGCAAAGACCUUUGGGGACAGCUUCCGGCAAGACUUGGUGGUGGGGCUGGACCUGGAAAAGCAGCAGAUCCUGUUCCAGGGGGGUGAGGCCCUUUCCUACUCUCAUCUCAUCCUGGCUACGGGCAGCACUGGGCCCUUCCCGGGGAAGUUUAACCAGAUUUCAGACCUGCAGUCGGCCGUUGAGGCCUAUGAAGUGAUGGUGAAGCAGGUCCAGAACUCCCAGCAUAUUGUGGUGGUGGGAGGAGGCUCAGCCGGCGUGGAGAUGGCCGCAGAACUUAAAACUGAUUAUCCUGAGAAAGAGGUCACUCUUGUUCAUUCUAAAGUCCCGCUGGCAGACCCAGAGCUCCUUCCUUCUGUUCGGCAGGAAGUGAAAGAGAUUCUCCUCCAGAAAGGGGUGGAACUUCUGCUGAGUGAGCGAGUAAGCAACCUGGAGGAGCUGCCUCUCAAUGAGUGUCGUGACAGCAUCCAGGUGAAGACGGACAAGGGGACUCAGCUGGCGGCCAACCUGGUGAUUCUCUGCAAUGGAGUUAAGAUCAACUCCUCUGCCUACAGCAGCUCCCUGGGUGAUCAAAUGGCUGCUAAUGGCGCCUUACUAGUUAAUGAUCACCUCCAGGUGCAGGGAUUUAAUAAUAUCUUUGCCAUUGGGGACUGUGCUAAUGUGAAGGAACCCAAGAUGGCAUACCAUGCUGGACUGCAUGCCAACGUUGUUGUGACCAACAUUGUCAACAGUUUGAAACAGAAGCCACUGAAGACCUACAGGCCAGGUGCACUGACGUUUCUGCUGUCUAUGGGAAGAAAUGAUGGUGUGGGCCAGAUUAGUGGCUUCUACAUUGGACGGCUCUUGGUUAGGUUCGCCAAGAGCCGGGACCUGUUCGUCUCCACAAGCUGGAAAACUAUGAGGCAGACAGCACCUUCGUAGAAAGUAAGAAGAAAAGGUAAUGAAACCAAUUAAUCAGUGGAUUUAAAAAAAAAAGAAGAUAAAAAAGAUGGACAGAAAACAUCAGAUGGACUGAGAUAGCAGAAGGAAGCAGUUCCUGUCUACGCUCACAAUACCUGGAAUGUAUCAGCAGGAUUGCUUGUUAGAUUGCUGGUGUCUAGCACACAAGAGGAAGCAUUAGAAAAAUAUUUCCUAAAUGGGUCAUUUUUUGGGUUGGACAAAGUCAUUCACUUGCUUGGUUUCAGGUGAGGGUACCCAGCCACGCAUGGCUAGCCAAUCCCAUGGGAAGUGGGCAUCCUGAAGCAUCUGACUAGGGAUAGAAAAGCAGACAAGUCUCAAGGCAUGCCCCAGGCCUUCUGUUACUGGGGUGGGAAAGGGGGAGAGAUCAUGUGAAGAGGCACAGGUAGAAUUCCAAUGCAAGUCCUCUGACUCCAGUGGCCUUUAUCACUUUUCCUCUUGUUAGGGGGAAACGAGUGAAAGAGUGGGAGUAGAUGGGGUGGGUUUAGCCCCUCUCCCCUUCUUCAGGCAGACACUGUGCUGAUCUGGGCAUCCCUGGGGGAGAUGAGGCUCAUCUGCUGGACAGACUUCAGGUGAGUGGCCGUGGUGUUCAUUGUUUAGCAGCCAGACUUAAGUUGUCUUUAACUUUCCAUUAGUGCUAGACAAGCCAGAAACUUAUUGAAAUGAUGAAACUUUUUGAGUCUCUACUUUUAGCUCCUCUCUCUAUAAUAUCAGAUAAAUUUUAGAAGGAUGAAAUGUCUUAAGGUCAAAUUACCAGCUAGAUUAAUCCAUCAACAAAGGAUGCUCUCUUCCCAACCUCUUAACUUUCAGAUAAUUAGGGAAACGGAACAGUAGUAAUAUACACUUUGCUACAUUACUGUACUACUGCUAGUGUUUAAGACUUCCAAAGAUCUGUGAUUUUAUCGAUGUGAGUAUUUUUUCCCCACACUGAUUCCAACCCUUAGAAUAAUUUGGCAAGUUACUUUGGUAACUCCCCUUGGUGGCCAACUUUUUGGUUGAAAUGCCAUCUCAAUUGAUAGCUCAGGUGGGUCCUGGGACCCGUGUUUAUCACCAGUUCCUCAAACUCAAAGUAUUUCCCUUUUUGUAGGACCUUCCAGAGCUCGAAUUCUGUUGGGGUAGCUUCCUGAGACUCCAUGGUCAAUUCCACAUCUUAAAGAGAUAUGGGAGGAGGACUGUAAUGGAGGGAUGUUUAAUAUUAGAGAAGCACAUGAGUCUGCUGGUCAGCUCAACAAAACGGUUCUUGACAUGUUAAAUACUUACCUUCCUCUUGAUGGAGGGUGUCUGACCAUACUGGUGUGGCUAAGGCUCAGCUUGAUGAAAUGAGCCAGCGGCAAAGGUUUGUUGGCAAAUCCUGUGCUCACGUCCCCCCCGGCAGUUAGCUUUGGUUUCCUGGCUAACACUGGGAUGUCAUAAGCCAGGAUUCUUAGCCAAUGUGAGGAAUGGAAAGAGCACCGGACUCGGAUUGAAGGGACUUGGGAUCAAACAUGGACUCCUGUCUCCUAGCUCUAAAUCUCAUGUUACUCGUGGGCUUGGGUUAUUUUCCUUUAGCAGACCCGCCGUCAACUUACUUUAAGGCAUUAUUAUUGACCUGUGUUUUCAGGUGUGGUUUUCCAUCCUUCACUUGUCUUUCAGAAUCUUUUCUGUCAGGACUAGAUGGGAAGAGCAUUAGGAGACAGGUAUUAAAUUAUAAUUGGCUCAAACUAAAAGGAAGCUUCUUGGGUUAGACUUCUUCUGGUUGCUUCUCCUUUGCCGAAGGCAUGGAGUGCCGGCCUACUCAAAUUAACCUGCUUGGGCCGGUCACUUCUCAGUAAUUGCCCUAACCGCUGCGCUACCCCGUGGAGGUUCAGAACCAUUCUUAGAGGAGGACCCGCUUCUUGUCCCCUACUUUCCAGACCCGUAAUGUGACUCUUUUCCUACCAGAACAGCUGCUUACCUGUAGCUCAAGAGUAGCAGGCUCUACCUGAGGUCCGUAGGCCCACUGAAUCUUAGAGCUGCAAGAGGCCUAGGUGGUAUCUGGUCCAAUCCUCUCAUUUUAGAGAUGGGAAGAUUGAGACUCAGAAGUGAAACAGCUUGUCCAAGCUGGCAGAGAAGACGGCCCUUCUACUGAUUCCAAAUCCAGCCCCCUCUGGGUCCCCCACUUUUUAAACCAUACCCCACUCCACAGAAGGCCUGAAAAGUAGGGUGGGGAGCUUUGCUGUACCAAUAGGCUUGGGAGGUGGGAGCCUAACUCUGGGUCUGGGCCGGCAUUGGUCCUACACCAUCGAGGGGGCAGGCUGUGCCCUUAUCUCAUUCCAGACAUAUGUCAACACAAUGAAAUGACUUUAAUUUUGGGAAAUAAAAAAUCUGCUGCAAUAGAA